GCUCAGGUUGAAGCUAAGAAGGAACAUGAAGGAGCAGUUCAAUUGCUAGAGGCCAAGGUCCGAGAGCUAGAGGAGAAAUGCCGGACACAGAGUGAACAAUUUAACCUCUUAUCCAGAGAACUGGAGAAGUUUCGACAGCAAGCAGGGAAGAUUGAUCUCCUGAGCAGUAACUCAGUGGCAUCCUCAGAUAUCCCUGGUUCUCCUGGUAAAUCUCUAUCACAGUUAAUGAAUGGAAUAGCCACUUCUAUAGGCAAAGGUCAUGAAAGUCCUUCUGGAAGUCGUUGUGUGAUUUCAGAGUUUAUACGACCCCUUCAAAUAUCUGGAGACAAACCAGAACAAUUGUCUGUCAAACCUACGUUCCUGUCCAAGUCAAGAUCUGGUACCCCAAGAUGCAGAUUUGAUUCAGACAUGGAUAAUGAUCAAAAUUCCAAUACCUCAAAACAGAGAUAUUCUGGGAAAGUCCAUCUUUGCAUUGCCCGUUAUAGUUACAACCCUUUUGAUGGACCAAAUGAAAAUCCAGAAGCAGAGCUCCCCCUUACGGCAGGAAAGUACCUUUAUGUAUAUGGAGAUAUGGAUGAAGACGGCUUUUAUGAAGGGGAACUUCUAGAUGGACAAAGAGGACUAGUCCCUUCAAAUUUUGUGGAUUUUGUUCAAGACAAUGAGACCCGGUUAUCAAGCACAUUAAGCAGUGAACAAGAUCAGAAUUUUAUCAACCAUUCGGGUCCUACUUUGGAAGGAGAUCUCUUGGAGAUAAGUCCACCAAGUCACAUAGACUCUAGUGUAAUCAGCAAUGGCGCAGGGACUCUGGAUGUGAACAUUGAUGAAAUUGGAGAAGACAUUGUGCCUUAUCCUAGAAAAAUCACCCUUAUUAAACAACUAGCCAAAAGUGUCAUUGUGGGCUGGGAGCCACCGGUAGUGCCACCCAGAUGGGGAACCAUUAGCAGCUACAAUGUUCUGGUUGACAAAGAAGUACGGAUGAACAUAGCCUUGGGAAGCAGAACGAAAGCUCUUAUAGAAAAACUUAACAUUUCUACUUGUACAUACCGAAUAUCAAUUCAGAGCAUUACAAACAAGGGUAACUCAGAUGAACUGCAGUGCACUUUGUUAGUUGGGAAGGAUGUCAUAGUAGCCCCCUCUAAUCUUAAAGUGGACAAUAUAACCCAGAUUUCUGCUGAGCUGUCCUGGCUCCCUACAAAUAGUAAUUACAGUCAUGUGAUCUUUCUUAAUGAAGAAGAAUUUGACAUUGUCAAGGCUGCUAGCUACAAGUACCAUUUUUUUAAUUUGAAGCCCAAUAUGGCCUACAAGGUGAAGGUCAUGGCAAAGCCCCAUCAAAUGCCCUGGCAGCUUCCCCUGGAACAACGAGAAAAAAAGGAAGCCUUUGUGGAAUUUUCUACAUUGCCAGCAGGUCCUCCAGCUCCACCUCAAGAUGUUACUGUACGGGCUGGGUCCACCCCAGCAACCAUACAGGUGUCCUGGAAACCACCAACUCUGACAGCAACAGGGACCUCCCAUGGUGCCAAUGUCACAGGCUAUGGUGUUUAUGCAAAGGGUCAACGGGUGGCAGAGGUGAUCUUUCCAACAGCAGAGAACACAUUGGUGGAACUAAUGAGACUAAGGAGUUUGGAAGCAAAGGAAGUUACUGUUCGAACACUCUCUGUACAAGGGGAAUCAGUGGACUCUUCUGUUGCUGCCAUUCCAUCUGACCUACUGGUGCCUCCAACCCCUCACCCCAGAACUGCUCCCAAAUCUAAGCCAUUAGCAAGUGCCGGAGCCCCAGAAACCAAAGAAGAACAUUUAGAUCCACAUUUAAAAAUGGAUGAGUCAUGGGAGCAGACUCGUUCGGCAUCCCCUGUUCAUGGACACAUGCUUGAGCCACCUGCUCCUAACUUUCACAGCCCGCUUCAGGGGAGGAGGUCUCCAUCACCUAAUCGAAUACUCCCUCAACCUCAAGGCACACCUGUCCCAAAUACUGUCGCAAAAGCCAUGGCAAGAGAAGCUGCACAACGAGUUGCAGAGAGCAAUAGG